CCCAAGAUUACAACGAUUAUACAUGUCUAGGAAAACGACGGAGUACAUGACAUUGCAUUUGACAUGCCGUGAUCAUGCUGAUGAAGUUAUUCAUCCUGUAGGUAGUGAGGCAUGGAAACACUUUGAUGAAACCUAUCCAGCAUUUGCCAAAGAACCUAGAAAUGUUAGACUUGGGCUCUACAUAGUUGGUUUCAGUCCAUUUGGUUUCUCUGUAGCACCUUACGCUUGUUGGCAUGUCUUGCUUACUGUGUACAACCUUCCUCCUGAAUUGUGCAUGAAAAAAAUGCUUGACCUUAAGAAGAAAGUGUUGAAUACAAAUCAUGUUGAAUCUUCAAUCUAGGAAGAAUCUGUGGAUGAGGAUGAGGAUGAUGAAGAAGAGGAAGAGUUUGAUGGAAUGGAAAUAUUAGAAGAAGAGGUUCCAAAUUACUUAACUGAGAGUGAUACAAUGAAGGAGGAGGCUAAAAAGCGUAAUUUGGAGGCAAAAUUGGAUGUUGAGUUUGGUGUGCUUGAUCUUGAAUUGGAUGCUCUUCUUGAGAAAGAGUUAUCUCGUGCUGUGCCAAAGACAAGUUGUGGCAUGGAUAAGGGGGAUGAUGCUCCAACAGACUCGAGUCGAAGAAAGUUACUUUUAAUGAAUCAAUGAAGCACAUUUAGUACAUUUAGUCAUGAAAGGUUCUGGAGGACUACAACAGUUAUAUGGAAAUCUUUAUAUGAUGAGCCAAUGCUUUUUUGGUCCAGUUGGCCUCAAGAAAAGAAGAGGAUUGCUUGGGAGAAUUUCCAAGUAUAAAAGUUAUAAAAUAAAAUAGAAACUUAUAG